AUGUCGUUCAGUCAAGCCUCUAACUCUCAAAGCAAUCUGGCGAAUGGCCGCAAUGGUCACCGCCCUGACUAUCAUGACUCUGGCUCUGUGAUUGGCUACAUCCCUGAUGAUGUCUCCUCCGUUCACGGUUCCUCCGUUGGUGGUGUUGGACUCCCUUCUGGCUACCCCCCUAUGUUCCAGAACUUUGGCGAGGGUUGGCCUGCCGCCUCUGGUAAUCGCCGAAUCAACGGUGGUCGUGCCAAAGGAGCGCCCAGCGUAGCUGGGGAGUCAGUCGCUGCCACCGAAUCCGACGUCACCAGCAGUGUCGCUGAUGGCCGAAGCGUCGAUCAGGGUGGUGUCAGUCUUGCUGGCCUCAGCAUUAAUGACAUGAACAAGCAACCUAGCCUUAGCCAGUCCGACCGACUGAAGCGCUACGUGGAGUCAGGUGGACGUGAGCCGUACCGAGCUGGGGUACCCGAUAAUGGUAGCAUUUUCGGUGGCAGCUCUGCCAGCAUUCGUGUGACCCGCGGUGCGCCAGGCCAGACUCCCCAGGACGACGACGAUGCUCGCAGUGUCUCCACUGCGUUUGCCAGCCAGGUUGGUGGAAACUAUGACUGA